UUAAUCUUGGCAACCAAAUCCCCGGAUGUUGCUUGAAAAUGGAGGACAACCUUAGGUCGGAUGUUUACAAUUAGUUAUGUGUCGAUAAUGGAUAUUUCGACCUAAUAUUCCACUUAGAGAAUUAAUUUAACCCUGUUUUAGAAAAAGUUUGCUCUAAGAAAUUGUUCCGAGUAUAUAUUGUCAACAGAUUGUGUAGAAAGAGGAUUUUCCCUUUAAUCGUUACCACAACACUGGGAAAAUGGCGCUCGAGAGGGCGAAGGACAAUUUUACUAUUCCACCACUUUCAACAAAGUGUGUGCCAACCCCACUGCAAAGUUGCAGCAAGACACGGGGUUUGCCAGGUCUGCCGCCCCUCCCCCAGGCGGUCAAAGAACCUUCAGAUCUAUACAAGAUUGUGCUACGCAACAGUGAGCACCCACCUAUUAUGAAAGGAACAUCAUGGACAUUGGCAGCUCCAUUCAAAGAACAAAAGUUUCACAGAACUCCUAGUGAAUCUAUAGCCAACAACUAUACCCCCUCUGCUAGUGAUCUCAAAAUGAAAGAUUUGCCAAAGUUACAGAGACAAAAAACUAGAGCUUCAAUAAAUGGUCCUUUGAUGCAAAGUCCAAGACGCCCCACGCGAGGCAAAACAAUUCUAGAGAAACUACCAAAUGGAAAAGCUACAAAUGGCCAUGCUUUUAAUGGACAUGAUACAAACAUAUCACCAGAGUUUGCUGAGGUUGAGGAGAUGCCUCCUAGUCGACCUUUGACCCCUCAUGAACAGAUUGAUAUUAUGAUGGCAAUAGAAAAUGAGGAUGAUAUACAGACAGGACUACCUUCUGAUAGAGAUUUAGAGAGAUACUACUACUAUGUAGAGAGAGGUAUUAGCAAAUCAAUGAUCGCUGUGCCGGACCCCAGUAUUAUGAAGAAUGUGUGUGGUAUGGUUCCCAGCAGUUUGUUGACUAACCAUGAACUAGACCCAAUGAUUCAGGAUCUAUCUGAGGAAAUAAACCAUGAUUAUGAAUACAGUAUCAGAAAAUCUAUAGUGGACUAUAUCCUGAAAGAUAAUGAAGAGAAGGCAAGAUUACACAUUGCAACUACACCAAAGUCAUUCCCACAAAGAAUUAUCAGAGCUCCAGUACCCUGGCAUGACACAUUUCUUGCAAUGAAAGAGUACAACAAAACCCACCUAUUUAUAACCAACCCAAUUAUGCAGAAAAUACAAGACAUAUGGUUUGAUGAAUUCAACAGCUUGAGAUUUAUCAACCUGAAGGAGCUAGAACGUGCUGAUCUACCACUGUUGCCAUCUGAGUUUGAAUCUUUGAUCAGGAAACAAUGCUGGGAGGCCCAUGAGGUCCUCAGAAAAAGCUGGAUACCAUGUUGUGCCAAGGUAUUUGUAGAUAAUGCUGACCAUUGGCAGUACUUGGUCGGACCCAAUGACUCGGACAGCACAGAACUUGUACAGGAGUUCUUCUCUGCAGUAGCUGCAGUAAUGUCUGGUCAACUGAGGGGCAUGGUGAUCAACUCACUACAUGACUUUCUACACUUCUUCCAAACACACAAGGAUGGUAAUGACUAUGGUGAAGAUUUUGAUGAUCUGAGAUAUGUGAUGGCACAGGUGAUGAUUAUCAAGUUGAGGGUAGAGGAACCAAAGAUAGUGUUUGAUCCUCCAUUCAGGGAGAUCAGGGAUAUUAUUCUUAGAUGUUUCUCUGAAAUCAUUGCAUCAGGAGAAGGUCUCAUGAGGGUUGAAUGUCAACUAUUCCCAGACAUGAGAGGACAAAAACUGUUGUUGCGGUCUGUGAAAAUAGAUGAGUCACUGGUCACAGACUAUGUCGACAAAUCCAUGGAAAUAUUCAAGCUGAACACUGUUGGUCCGCAAAAGUAUUUGACAACAUACAAGAAGUACCUGGAGUUAUUAAACAACAAGGCUGAACAAGAUGUAACAGCUUUCCUUAGAGAGUCACACUCUAUUGCAGCCUUCAAAUCAAAAAUCAACAGUUUCCAGGAUUUGAAGAACGAGAUAUCACUAUUACGUAUUACUGUACCACUCAGUAUGUUCUGUCUAGACUGUGUCGCUCUCAAUCAGGACCUCGCAACACGUGCUGAAAAACUCAAACAAAGACUUAUCAUGUUUGAGAUUGAUGAAAAUAGGGAACUCAACAAAAACAUCUGUAAACGGUAUGAUGAGAUGACAAAUAGAGUAAGUGAAGUACCAGACAACACAAUAAGCCUUGUAGAAACACAGGAGUAUCUUAAACAGUCACAAGACGUAACAGUUUACAAACUAAAAGAUGAGAUAGAAGAUGCGGCUAACAGGCUUAUGUUUCUGUUAGAUUAUGCUGUUGUCCCUCAAGAAUCGCCAGCUAGAUCAUCAUACAUGCCGAAAAUACCCAGUUCAUCAGAUGAGGACAUUAAGUUGAACAGUCAGGUGUUCCAUUGGCCGGAACAGAUCAAGGCAGUGUUUGAACUCAGUCAGAACAGGAUUAUGACUAAACGUGAACACAUUGAGGAAGAGCUCCGCAGCAGGACUCGCGCUUACGAGGACAGACUUAAUGAUAUGAUGAAAGAUGUUGAAUCUUUCAAGAAGAAGGAGUUCAUGGGUCAAGAUGAGAUGAAGUCUAAUGUAGAACAGUUGGCCAGACUCCAGGCUGGUCUUGAACAAGCUCGUGAUGACCUCGAGGGUAUCAAUGAGGAGGAACGCCUCCUUGAAUGGGAACAGAGUUUCUUCCCACAACUCAACACAAUGUUCACAUUGAAAGAACCCUAUGAUAAACUAUGGAACACCGCCUGGACCUUCCAUCAGAAACAUGAGAACUGGAUGAAUGGUCCGUUCACAAGUUUGAACGCGGAGGAGAUAGAGAAUGAGGUUGGUGACAUGUGGAGAACAAUGUACAAGUUGACGAAGACGUUCGGAGAUCAACCAGGACCGCGUCGUAUUGCAGAUAGUGUGAAGGGUAAAAUAGACAAGUUCAAGCAACACUUGCCUAUACUUCACACCAUUUGUAACCCCGGUAUCAGAGAUCGUCAUUGGGAUGCGAUGAGCAACAUUGUAGGCUUUGACCUGAAACCCCAACCUGAGACGUCCCUGCAUAACAUGCUGGAAUAUGGUCUUAACAAACACCUUCAGAGUAAGCAAGCUAUGGAUAUAUUCAUGAAGAGGCUUGAAGAGAUUGGCGCUGCAGCAGCUAAGGAAUACUCCCUGGAGAAGGCUCUAGAGAAGAUGAAGAUAGAAUGGAAAGACAUGUGUUUUGAGUUGAUACCAUAUAGAGAAACUGGUGUGAGUAUUUUGUCUAGUGUUGAUGAGAUACAGAUGUUAUUAGAUGAUCACAUUGUGAAAGCCCAGACUAUGAGAGGAUCUCCGUUCAUCAAACCAUUCGAACAGGAAAUGAAGGAAUGGGAGGAGAAACUCAUCUCUAUGCAAGACAUCAUGGACGAGUGGUUGAAGUGCCAAGCCACAUGGUUGUAUUUGGAGCCAAUCUUCAGUUCGGAGGAUAUCAUGGCACAGAUGCCUGAGGAAGGCCGCAAGUUUGGUAUUGUAGACAGUAUCUGGCGUGAUCUUAUGACAGAGGCCAUCAAAGAUAACCAUUGUUUGGCUGCCACUGACCAGAAUAACAUGUUGGGAAGAUUGAGGGAAGCUAAUGUCUUGCUGGAAGAAAUCCAGAAAGGUCUCAAUGCAUACCUGGAGAAGAAACGUCUAUACUUUCCGAGAUUUUUCUUCUUGUCUAACGAUGAGCUAUUGGAGAUAUUGUCUGAGACCAAGGAUCCACUACGUGUACAGCCUCACUUGAAGAAAUGUUUUGAAGGUAUAAGUCGCCUAGAAUUCUCUGACCAGCAAGAAAUCUUGGGAAUGGUGUCAGCUGACAAGGAAACUGUACCGUUCAAUACAAAAAUCUUUCCUGCUAAAGCAAAGGGUAUGGUAGAGAAAUGGUUGUUACAAGUAGAGGAUGUAAUGAUCAGCAGUUUACGUAAAGUUGUCAUUGACUCAAAGAAUGUAUAUCCUACCACACCCCGUAACAACUGGGUGUUACAGUGGCCAGGACAAGUUGUGCUGUGCGUGAGCUCUAUGUUUUGGACUACAGAAGUUGUAGAAGCCAUGGAGAAGGAGGGAGGCAAUGGUUUAGCUGACUACUUGUUGGUGUUGAACAAACAGAUUGAUCAGAUAGUAGAACUUGUACGUGGCAAACUAGAGAGUGGUCACAGGACAACACUAGGUGCUCUCACUGUACUUGAUGUACAUGCUCGUGACACAGUUGCUGAUCUUGUAAAGAAAAAGGUAAAUAGCCCACUAGAGUUUGAGUGGCUGGCACAGUUACGAUAUUACUGGGAAGAUGAUGUUAUUGUGCGUAUGAUCACCACUGAUAUUGGUUAUGGGUACGAGUAUCUGGGUAACACUCCCAGGCUGGUCAUCACACCUCUAACUGACAGAUGUUACAGAACAUUAAUGGGCGCAUUGAAGUUGAACCUGGGAGGUGCACCAGAAGGUCCAGCUGGUACUGGCAAGACGGAAACCUGCAAGGAUCUUGCCAAGGCUGUCGCUAAACAAUGUGUGGUCUUUAACUGCUCAGAUGGUCUUGAUUACAAAGCUAUGGGGAAAUUCUUCAAGGGUUUGGCACAGGCUGGUGCUUGGGCUUGCUUUGAUGAGUUCAACAGAAUUGAGUUGGAAGUGUUGUCAGUGGUGGCCCAGCAGAUUGCCAGUAUCCAGCGAGCUGUUGCUGCUCACCUCAAGAGAUUUGUAUUUGAAGGAACCGAAUUGGCUCUGAACCCUACAUGUACAAUGUUCAUAACAAUGAACCCAGGUUAUGCUGGUAGACAGGAACUUCCCGACAAUCUUAAGGUGUUAUUUAGAACUGUAGCUAUGAUGGUGCCAGAUUAUGCUAUGAUUGGUGAAAUCAGCUUGUAUUCCAUGGGAUUUGUUGAUGCCAGAAGUUUGGCUGGUAAAAUUGUAGCGACAUAUCGUCUAUGCUCAGAACAGUUGUCAUCUCAGCACCAUUAUGAUUACGGUAUGAGGGCUGUAAAAUCUGUGCUCACUGCUGCCGGAAAUCUCAAACUAAAAUACCAACAGGAAGACGAGGCAGUUCUACUGCUGAAAGCUAUCAUGGACGUCAAUCUUCCCAAGUUUUUGGCUCAGGACGUGCCCUUGUUUGAGGGUAUCAUCUCAGAUUUGUUCCCUGGAGUAGAAAGUCCGAAACCUGACUAUGGAGUAUUCCUGGAAGCUCUAAAAGACAACAUUGCUAAGAGGGAACUACAACCAGUGCCAUGGUUCAUAGACAAAAUCAUUCAGGUUUAUGAGAUGAUCCUUGUACGUCACGGUCUUAUGGUUGUUGGAGAACCUCUUGGUGGGAAGACACAGGCGUGGCAGGUCCUGGCUGAUGGUUUAUCAGACCUGUGUGUGUCUGGACUGUACCCAGAAUUUAAAACCAUAUACAGAAUUAUCAACCCUAAAUCUAUCACAAUGGGUCAGUUGUAUGGUUGCUUUGACCCAGUCUCUCAUGAAUGGACUGAUGGUGUGUUAGCAAACACUUUCCGAGAGUACGCUAGUAACCCAAAUGAGGACAGGAAGUGGAUUUUGUUUGAUGGUCCAGUAGAUGCUGUGUGGAUUGAGAACAUGAACACAGUACUAGAUGACAACAAAAAGCUGUGUUUGAUGAGUGGUGAGAUCAUUCAGAUGUCCAACCAGAUGAAUCUGAUAUUUGAGCCGGCAGAUCUAGAGCAGGCUUCACCUGCCACAGUAAGCAGAUGUGGUAUGAUCUACCUAGAACCUCACCAGAUGGGCUGGAAACCCUCAAAGGAAACAUUUAUGCAACAUAGAUUACCCAAGGGUUUGUCAGAAGAACAACUAGGUCUAGUGAAUGAUUUGUUUGAGUGGCUGAUAGAUCCUUGUCUGUAUUUUAUACGUAAGAACUGUAAAUCUUUCCUUGUAACAUCAGAGAUGCAUCUUGUACAGUCUUUAAUGAAUCUGUACCUGUGUCAGAUGGAUGAAAUCAGGGCUACUCUAGAGUUACAGGGCAAGGAGACUGAUGAUGGUGCACCUCAGGCUAAUGUCCUCUCAGCUCAACAGGUAACACUACAUCUGCAAGGAAUGUUUUUAUUCUCUCUAAUCUGGUCCCUUGGUGCAGCUCUACAAGGAGAUAGCAGGAAGAAGUUUGACGGUUUCUUCAGAAACAUUAUAAAUGGCACAGAUGCUGACUGUCCUAAACCAAAGAGUAUCAAAAUAACAAAGAGUAACACAAUCCCAGAAAGGAACACAAUUUAUGACUUCUGUUUUGAAAAGAAGGGACCAGGUCAGUGGAUUGACUGGAUGGAUACAUUAGAUAAAGGGCAAUCUACAGUGGCUGCUGAUGCUAAAGUGAGUGACCUGAUUAUUCAAACCAAUGAGACAGCAAGACAGACAUUCUUCCUCAAUACAUUUAUAUCACAUGAGAGACCCCUCCUGUUUGUUGGUCCAACUGGUACCGGAAAAUCUGCCAUAACCAACAGUUAUCUAUUGUCAUUGCCGAAAGAUGCCUAUGUACCAAACUUGUUGAACUUCUCUGCAAGAACAUCCGCCAACCAGACACAGGAUAUUAUCAUGUCCAAAUUGGAUCGUAGACGUAAAGGUGUGUUUGGACCUCCGAUGGGGAAGAAAUCUGUCGUAUUUGUUGAUGAUCUCAACAUGCCACAGAAGGAGAAGUACGGAGCACAACCACCUAUAGAGUUACUCCGACAGUGGCAGGAUCACGGCCAUUGGUACGAUAGAAAGGACACAUCUAAGCUGUUCCUUGUUGAUGUGUUGUUGGUAGCUGCUAUGGGUCCACCAGGUGGCGGCAGGAACGAUAUAACAGGACGUUUUUCACGUCACAUGAAUGUGAUAGCUAUAGAUGAAUUUGAUGACACAACCAUGACCAGGAUCUUUACCUCCAUCACAGACUGGCACUUUGGUAAAGGAUUUGAGGGGGCAUUUGUUCGUAAUGGAAAGUUACUGGUGCAAGCCACUAUGGGUGUGUACAAAGAAGCCAUUGAAAAUUUCCUACCAACACCAACAAAAAGUCAUUAUGUGUUUAACUUGCGUGACUUUGCUCGUGUAAUUCGUGGUGUAUUGCUAGUGCCAGCCACGUGUAUGACAGAAACAGAAAAAUUACAUAGACUUUGGGUACAUGAAGUAUACAGAGUGUUCUAUGACCGUCUUACUGAUCAUGAAGACAGAGAAAAGUUUUUCUCCAUAGUAAAGAAUCAGUGCCAGGACCAUUUUAAAGUUAAUAUAGAUAAAGUACUGGGACAUUUGUCUCGAAGUGGUACUGUAGUAGAUGACAAUGUACGUAGUUUGUUCUUUGGUGAUUACAUGGCCGGAGAAGUAAAGGCAUAUGAUGAAGUUACAGAUUUCAAGGUUCUCACUGAAACUAUGGAAAAUUUCCUUGAUGAGUAUAAUAUGAUCAGUAAAGCCCCAAUGCAUCUGGUUAUGUUUAAGUUUGCUAUUGAGCAUAUUUCCCGUGUAUGUCGUGUAUUACUACAAGACAAUGGUCACGCACUUCUUGUUGGUAUUGGUGGCAGUGGUCGACAGAGUGCAGCUAAACUUGCAGCUUUCAUGGCUGAUUUUGACUUAUUUGUUAUUGAGAUUACAAGAAAUUAUACUGCAGCAGAAUGGAGGGAAGAUAUUAAAAAGCUUUUCUUAAAGACAGGCAGUGAAGGUAAACCCACAGUUUUCCUGUUCACUGACACCCAGAUUAAAGAUGAGUCAUUCAUGGAGGACAUUAGUAUGAUCUUAAAUACUGGAGAUGUACCUAACUUGUUUGCCCAGGAUGAAAAAGCUGAACUUACUGAGAAAAUGCAGGCUGUUGCUAGACAAGAGGGUAAGAAGAUGGAAGCUACCCCCCUGGCAAUGUAUAACUUCUUCAUAGAUCGUGUAAGACAGAACCUCCAUGUUGUUUUAGCUAUGAGCCCUAUUGGAGAUGCAUUUAGAAACAGAUUAAGAAUGUUUCCUUCACUAAUUAAUUGCUGUACCAUAGAUUGGUUCCAGACAUGGCCAUCAGAUGCUUUAGAAAUGGUUGCCAACAAAUUUCUUGAGGAUGUUGAACUUGAAGAUAAUAUAAGACUUGGAGUUGUCAGCAUGUGUAAAGUUUUCCAUGAGAGUGUCUUUUCGCUUUCUGAAAAGUUCUUUGAUUUACUCCGUCGUCACAACUAUGUUACCCCAACAUCUUAUUUAGAAUUGAUUCUAACAUUUAAAAAGCUGCUUGGUAUAAAACGUGAUGCAAUUAUGUUACUGAGGAACAGAUAUUUGACCGGUCUCGAGAAACUUGAGUUUGCAGCCUCGCAGGUAUCUGUGAUGCAGCAAGAGUUAAGGGACUUGCAGCCUGAAUUGAUUAAAACAUCAGCAGAAACUGAGAAACUUAUGAUCAAGAUAGAACAGGAUACUGUAGAAGUGGAAGCUAAAAAAGAGGUUGUAGCAGCAGAUGAAGCUAUAGCUAAUGAGGCUGCAGCAGCUGCUCAGGCCAUCAAAGACGAGUGUGAGAGUGACCUUGCCGAGGCCAUCCCUGCCCUCGAGGCUGCCAUUCAGGCUUUGAAUACUCUCAAACCUGCUGAUAUCACUCUAGUCAAGUCCAUGAAGAAUCCUCCACCAGUGGUAAAACUUGUGAUGGAGUCUAUAUGUGUAAUGUUUGCAUUUAAACCAGAGAGGAAACCUGACCCCUCUGGUUCUGGUAAAAUGGUUGAAGACUAUUGGGGGCCAUCUCAAAAGUUCCUUGGAGACAUGAAGUUCCUUGAUAAAUUGAAAGCCUAUGAUAAAGAUAAUAUUGCACCAGCUGUAAUUAAGAAAAUCCGUGACAGAUAUAUUCCAAACCCUGAGUUUGAUCCAGUUGUUAUCAAGAAUGCCUCUACUGCCUGUGAGGGUCUGUGUAGAUGGGUAAAAGCCAUGGAUAUCUAUGACAAGGUGGCUAAAGUUGUUGCACCAAAGAAGAUCAAGUUGGCAGGUGCCGAGUCUGAGCUUGCAGUUCAGAUGGACAAACUGAAUGAGAAACGUGCACAGCUGAAGGAGGUUGCAGACAAAUUGCAAGCAUUGAAUGACGAGUUUGAAACAAUGACAAAGAAGAAGAAAGAACUAGAGGACAACAUUGAUCUGUGCUCAAAGAAACUUGACAGAGCUGAAAAACUGAUUGGUGGAUUAGGUGGAGAGAAAGACAGAUGGACAGAGGCAGCAAAGACCCUGGGAGAACAGUAUACAAAUAUCACUGGUGAUGUGUUACUCUCAUCUGGUGUUGUAGCCUACCUUGGAGCAUUUACUGUCGAUUUCAGAAAUGAUGUUACUGCUGAUUGGUUGGGAGAGUGUAAGAAGAAAGAAAUUCCAUGCUCUAAAGUAUUCUCACUGAAUCAAACUCUUGGUGACCCAGUCAAAAUUCGUGCCUGGAACAUAGCAGGUUUACCAGUAGAUAAUUUCAGUAUAGACAAUGGUAUAGUUGUAUACAACUCUCGUAGAUGGCCACUUAUGAUAGAUCCUCAAGGACAAGCCAAUAAAUGGGUCAAAAAUCUGGAGCGUCAAAACAAACUUGGUGUAUUGAAACUUUCUGAUGCAAAUUAUCUAAGAUCUUUAGAAAAUGCUAUCCAGUUUGGUUCCCCAGUUCUGAUAGAAAAUGUAGCAGAGGAGCUUGACCCAAUCCUGGAACCAGUCUUGCAGAAAUUAACAUUCAGACAACAAGGUGUGGACUAUAUCAAACUUGGUGAUAAUGUUAUUGAAUACUCACCAGAUUUCAGGCUAUACAUAACAACAAGAUUGAGGAACCCUCAUUAUCUACCUGAAGUUGCUGUUAAGGUGUGUCUGGUAAACUUCAUGAUUACACCACAAGGUCUGGAGGAUCAGUUGUUGGGUAUUGUGGCUGCCAAGGAGAAGCCAGAGCUUGAAGAGAAGAAAAAUGAGUUGAUCCUCGAGAGUGCUGCUAACCAGAAACAACUGAAGGAAAUUGAAGAUAAAAUUCUCGAAGUUUUGUCUUCAUCACAGGGUAAUAUUCUAGAAGAUGAGACGGCCAUCAAGAUUCUGUCAUCUUCAAAGGUUCUGUCUCAGGAGAUUGCAGCUAAACAGGAAAGCGAGCAGACGGAGCAGAUGAUUGACGAGACAAGAAACGGUUACAAGCCCGUCGCUGUACACUCGUCCAUUCUAUUCUUCUGUAUCUCAGAUCUUGCUAACAUUGAACCUAUGUACCAGUACUCCCUUACCUGGUUUAUAAACCUUUACCUGCAGUCAAUCAUGAACAGCCAGCCUUCUGAUGAAUUAGAAGAGAGAAUAUUCAACUUGAAUGAUCAUUUUACCAACAGUAUAUACAGGAAUGUGUGCCGAUCUUUGUUUGAGAAAGAUAAACUUCUCUUCUCCUUCAUUCUCUGUGUGAACAUCUUGAAGGGACAAUUUAACCCUGCAGCAGGAAGAGUAGAUGAAGAUGUCUGGAGAUUUUUACUGACAGGAGGCGUGGCUUUAGAUAAUCCCCACCCUAAUCCUGCCCCUGAAUGGUUCAGUGACAAGUCUUGGGGUGAAACUGUGAGAGCAUCAAAUUUACCAGCACUCAAAGGAUUCUAUAAUCAUGUCAGUGACAAUAUUAAAGAAUGGAAGAAAAUGUAUGACUCCCCCACACCACAUACAGAAAAAUACCCUAGCCCAUUUGAUGUUCUACAAGGCAUGGACAAGAUGGUCAUACUUCGUUGUUUCCGACCAGACAAGAUGGUACCAGCUGUACAGGACUUUAUCAUCAACAAUCUAGGUCAGACCUACAUAGAACCACCAACAUUUGAUCUAGCUGGAUCAUUCGUAGACUCAAAUUGCUGUGCUCCACUGAUCUUUGUGCUCUCUCCAGGUGCAGAUCCCAUGGCUGCUCUGUUGAAGUUUGCUGAAGACAGGGGUUUCAGUCAAGCAAAGGGAGAAGUUCAGACAAUUUCUCUUGGACAGGGACAGGGACCUAUAGCAGCUAAGAUGAUAGAGAAGGCUAUCAAGGAUGGUACAUGGGUUGUACUACAGAACUGUCACUUGGCAACCAGCUGGAUGCCGAAACUUGAGAAAAUCUGUGAGGAGGUUAUACGGCCUGAAGAGACCAAUGAGAAGUUCAGGCUCUGGCUUACCAGUUACCCGUCUGACCAGUUCCCGGUCUCUAUCCUGCAGAACGGUGUGAAAAUGACCAAUGAACCACCUAAGGGACUGAAAUCCAACCUGCUGAGAUCUUUCCUCAAUGACCCCAUCUCUGAUCCUAACUUCUUUAAUGGGUGUAACAAGCCUCAUCGUUUCCACAAGAUGUUGAUGGGACUGUGUUUCUUCCAUGGUAUGGUGCAGGAAAGACGUAAAUUUGGACCACUUGGAUGGAAUAUCCCAUAUGAGUUUAAUGAGUCAGAUCUUAGAAUCAGUCUCAGGCAGAUGCUUAUGUUCCUGAAUGAUUAUGAAGAGCUCCCGUUACCUGCGUUAGUGUAUCUGACAGGAGAGUGUAAUUAUGGAGGUCGUGUAACAGACGACAAGGACAGACGUCUGCUUGUCUCAUUACUGAGUAUCUUCUUCCGUAGAGAUAUUGUUGAUGAUGAUAACUACAGGUUCUCAGAGAGUGGACUAUACUAUGCACCACCAGAAUCAGCAUACCAGUCAUAUAUAGAUUAUCUGAGAUCUCUACCACUUAAUCCAAGUCCAGAGGUGUUUGGUCUCCAUGACAAUGCUGAUAUUACCAAAGACAACCAAGAAACACACAUUCUGUUUGAAAGUAUUCUUUUGACAUUACCAAGACAGUCAGGCAAGGGAGGUAAAUCUGCUGGAGAUGUCAUACAAGAUUUAUCUGCUGAUAUUCUUGGAAAGAUGCCCCCAGACUAUGAUCUUGAAAUGGUUAUCAAGAAGUACCCAGUUGUCUACGAUGAGUCCAUGAACACUGUACUUAGACAGGAGCUGAUCCGAUUUAACCGCCUCAUAUCGGUGGUGCGAGCUUCACUUGUGAACUUACAGAAGGCCAUUAAAGGUCUGGUGGUGAUGUCAGCUGAACUAGAGGAAGUGUUCACCAGCAUGAUGAACGGAAAAGUUCCUGCUGUAUGGGCAGCCAAGUCUUACCCCUCCUUGAAACCACUUGGUAGUUAUGUAACAGACUUGUUAGCUAGGUUGAAGUUUUUCAAAGAUUGGAUAGAGCAUGGUGCUCCAGACACAUUCUGGUUGUCAGGAUUCUAUUUCACACAGUCUUUCCUUACUGGUGUGGCUCAGAAUUAUGCCAGAAAAUACACAAUUCCCAUAGACACAGUUGGCUUUGAGUUUGAGAUGAAGGGAGACGACAGAGAAGGAAUGACAAAACCAGAAGAUGGUGCUCUCAUUUAUGGUCUCUUUUUAGAAGGUACUCGUUGGGAUAGAGAAAAACAAUUUUUGGGUGAGUCACUCCCAAAGAUUUUGUUUGAUCCUAUGCCACUUAUGUUAUUCAAGCCCAAUGAGAUGUCCAAAUUUGCCCAGAAGCCAAUUUACAAAUGCCCAGUCUACAAGACGACAGCUCGACGAGGUGUACUGUCCACAACUGGUCAUUCUACAAACUUUGUGCUGUAUAUUGAGAUUCCGUCUGACAAGCCCCAAUCUCAUUGGAUAAACAGAGGAGUAGCUGCUCUAUGUCAGCUGGAUGAUUAAACUGACUUUAAAGCUUCUGGAAGAUAUUGAACACUUACUAUCAACUUUCUGUUGAAAGAAAUAUUUAUUAAAGACUUUUUAACUAAUGUUUGAAUGAAACUUGUAUAAUAUAUGCAUUGCAUUUUUUUCUCUAAAAGAUUUUUGCGGAAAAUUUCAGUACUGAUUAACAUUCCUGAAUAAAUUUCUGAUAUGACUUUGUAAAUGCA